GUGAAAUCUCAUAUAAGUUUAAUGUGGCUUUUUUAAAAAAAAAUUAUCAUCAUCACUUGCGUUAUAUUUAGACGAUUAAACAAGUACAGAGAAGUUCCCUUCUUAAUACAGAUGCCAGCGAAGGUAAUCAGAAAGAGAUGCAAACUCAUGUUGGCCCUCCUAUUCUCUGUGACGCAACGCAGAGUCCUUGCCUGUUUGCUGCUCCAGUCCUCCAGCUGCCAUACAGCCUUUCCAUUUCAAACUUACACCGAGCCCCUCCCGUGACUUCUCUCCUGUUAGUGGAGUCCUCCUCCCAGGGCUUCCCCCAGGUGAACACACGCAGAGAUUAAGCCCAGUCAGGCGCUGCAGGGGGAUGACUGGAAGAAGUUGGGUUGUCCAGAGAAACCGGCGGUUCUGACGGUGCUGUUUUAAGAGGAGAGGCGCAGACCUCCAGAAGACACCAUGAUGUCUGCCGUAGAGACUGGUGUGUACCAGCCCGCGCAGCUUCUCAGCUGGGUCUACAUGUCCUUACAAGACACGCCGAGUAGCGCUUUUGACGGCUUCAAAGUCGAGUCGGACUCCUCUCCUCUGGACGUGAGCACCUCCAAGCGCAGCGCAGCUGAUCUGAGCUCCAACUAUCUCAACAACUUCUUCCAUCUGAGCAGUGAGAGCUUGAACAAUAAUUUCUACAAGAGGACUUCACCUUAUGGAUCUCUCAACAAUAUUGUGGAUGGCCUGAGCUCACUGGCAGACCAUUUCUCAGACCUUUCCCUGUCUCCUGAGACACGGAAGCCCAGCAAAAGGCCGCCACCCAACUACCUAUGCCACCUUUGUUUCAACAAAGGACACUACAUCAAAGACUGCCCUCAGGCUCGACCCAAAGGCGAGGGCCUGACCCCUUAUCAGGGAAAAAAGAGGUGUUUUGGAGAGUAUAAAUGUCCAAAAUGCAAGAGGAAGUGGAUGAGCGGGAACUCCUGGGCCAACAUGGGACAAGAAUGUAUCAAGUGCCACAUCAACGUUUACCCUCACAAGCAGAGACCUCUGGAGAAGCCGGAUGGGUUGGAUGUGUCUGACCAGAGUAAAGAGCAUCCGCAGCACCUGUGUGAAAAAUGCAAAGUCCUUGGCUACUACUGCCGCCGAGUGCAAUAACACAUUCAGUUUGCCUAACACACUGCUCCAAAGCUUCAUGAAACACACAUAGCUACGACAGCUAUAUUUUAGUUACUAAAGCUACAACAUCUAUAGUGCAGUAAUGCAUCUUACGCUUUCAUGAAAUACCCUCUGACUCUGGUUUCAGUAGUAUCAGUGGAGAAGAGUACUUUGUGUUUGCUGGGUUCUUGUAAGCUACUCGGUUUUCAUUAUGUGAAUAUUCAUUUGAAGUCUGAACUUUGAGCCAACUGUGAAUUAAGAAACUUUACUUUCUUCACUUGUGAGCAACUUCUUGGAACAGCUUUCAUAUAGAGGUUCUUUUACAUGUGUGUAUAUUUCAGAAAUAACUUAAAUGUUUUUGUAUAAAAUAUGCAAGUCUACCAAGACGGUUAUGCAGUAAUAAUGUAUAUCUGCCUUUUCCUCUGUAUUAUUAGUAUUGGUGGGUACAUCAUUUUUCUAAUAUAUGUUUUAAGCCAUACUAUUUUGUUGAAUAUUACUCUUUGUGAAGGAAUAUAUUAGUCAACUAACAUUAAGUUCUUUUAUACUACGUGCUACAGUUUAUGGGGAAAACACUCGUCAGGUAGUUUGUGGCUCCAAAGUUUUAAAUAUGCAGUGUAGAAAUUUUUCUAAUAGUAACUUACAGCAACUGUAUUUUGGCACCCAGUGCUAAAAGACUCGCCAAAGUGCUUAUGGUCAUAAUGUAGUAUAUAACAUGUGACAGUAAAAAAAAGUGAAUGUAACAAACGGUGAUAAGUGAAGGGUUGCAUGUGAGUGGUGCUUUUCAGGGUAUUUUUCACUGGACUUGCUAAUAAAUGAGUAUGGAACAGAAAUACCCUUUAACUUGUAAACUGUGUUAAAUUUAAUGUGCCUUCAUUUGUAUAACCCAUGAGAUGGAUGCUUCUCUAUUGAACUAUUUGCAUUAAAAUUGAUUUAAACGUGA